AGAUAGAUCCAAUCCAACACUCUUCACUUUCUUUUCUCUCUUUCUUUUGUCUUUUUCGUUUUUUGUUUUAAAUAAUAUAUUAAAGGCGACAACAUUCGUUUCCUCGCCAUAGCCACAAAAGUUACAGUUUUUGUCGUUCAUUAUAUCCAUCCCAUUUCGCCCCCAUAGCCCUAACCCAUCUAUAUAUUUUCUAGAGAGAACUCUGUAAUUGGCAUUCUGGAAGAUGAACCAACAGAAUCAUGGAUUAGGUACUCCUUUAAAUGUUCCAGUGAAACGAAAACGUGGUCGACCAAGAAAAGAAGGAAGUGCAGUUCAAGGGGAGAAUGUAGCUGUAAUUCCUGAUUCUGACAAUGUGUUGUACUCCAGCCAAACAACUGGUACAACUAAUGAUUGUGACGAUGAAAUGGUAGGGAAGUUAGUUAGUGGUGUCAUUGAAGGAACUUUUAAUGCUGGAUAUCUUCUUAAUGUUAAGGUAGCAAACACUGAUGCUGUUUUAAGAGGCCUAGUGUUUGUACCAGGUCACUUUUCACCUGUUUCUGUAGAAAACGACGUGGCUCCACAUGUCAAAAUGAUCAAAAGGAAAGAGAUUCAUAUUCCAGUUGUUAACCCACAUGCAGAGAUACAUGGCUCUUCUGUUCCCUCAUCGGUACAAUUCAACAAACAACCUUUUGAGCCAGAAUUACGGGUACCUGUGUCUGAAGAGCUAGUGCCACCAACUGAUAUUCAUUCUAGCAUCUCAGAAGUACCUGAGAAUCAAUCUGCCUCUACUUUGAUAGCCAUUUCAAUUUCCAGUGGAGGAAUUCCACAGGGGACAUCUGAACCUAGACAUGUGAAUCAGUCCACGUCUAUCAUGUCAGAGUUUGAUCAUGACAAAACGAUCAAACAAGAUGAAACACUUCAUGAACUUGAUGCCUACACACAGGUAAAAGAAUCUGAUAUGGAUGGUGGAGAAACAAAAGACUCAGAAGCGGCAUCUGAACUCAUCAACCUGGUUCCAUCAAUUGACAACACCAAUAAGGAGAUCGGAACUGGACAGCAGGUUGUUCCUUGUGUACAUCAUCUGAAUGAGGUGGUUCGUGGAGAACCAAAUAUAUCAAAUAUUGAAUUCAACCUGAUCCCUCUAUGUACUGAACCUGAAGUCUCGCCAUCUGAACAAACUAGUAAAAUUGUUAACUACUUCGAGGAGAAGCAGGAGUUGCCAAAAACUGAUGUGCUAGAAGAUACAAAGGCAGAGCUUGCAAUUGAGACUUUAAGUAAUGUUGACAGCUCAAAUUCUAGUGGAAGACCGAAUACUGAUGUCGAUAUUCCUGUUGUGGGAUCAAACCAUGCACUUGUGGCCAGCGAACCUGAAUCCAUGCCAUCUGAAGGGAUUGGUAAAUUUGUUCCUUCUGAGUCCAAAUUUUCAUAUGAAGGACAUGAUUUGUGGGGGAGGAGUGGUCCCCAGAACCAUAGCUCUUUUGGAGACAUUAAUACAGUGGAUUUCAAUCAACCUACUGAAGCUUUAGCUAAUCCAAUGGAAUAUGACAAACAGAUUGGAUCAGGCACUUGAAAAUUUUAGCUGGAAAAUA